AUGUCUCUGGCCGGCCAGACUAUCCCCGUUAGGGAGUCGGCACAUUCCACCCGCGGAGAGGUUGUUGCUUCCUCCACAGCAGACCAGCAACAGUCGCAAAGGACAUCUUAUAGAGAUUCGCUCCCCAACGCACCACGACCCCCUGUUUACAACGACGACGCCUUCAACGAGAACGAGACGGCCAAGAUGUACGGCGAAUAUUACGAAGCGAUGACGACGGGUCCGUCCCCCAAGAAGAACCAAAACGCGCCGCAACAACACCAACAAGCACCUGCCUUGCCGGCCAAGAGCUCACUGCGAGCUUCGAGGCUUCUCGAUGGCAUGGCUCUGAAGAUCGUCACAAACCAACCCACACAGGCCGCUCCCCAAGAGAUCUACCUCUCCUCAGAAGAGGAGGCUUCUUCCUCGGCCGACGAGUUUUCAGACUAUGACUACGAGUCGGAGAGCGCCGAGUCGGCAGACUCGCCCGUCCGGAAGAGCCACGAAGACAUGGCACGCGUUGUGUCGGUCGUCUAUGCCGGGAAGCCUUCCAUCAUCGACCUCCCCUCUACCAGAAGGUCGGCCACUCCCGAGUCGAUGGAGUCCCGGCCUCUGAGCCGCCUGGUCACGUCGGCAACGGAACCCUCGUUGCGGAGGAUGUCGACCUCGUCCACCAGCGGUGCUUCCUUCUCCCCCGUCUACCAUCCCCCCCGGUCCAGCAGCAUGAUGAUUACCAGCAGCAUGCUCCCUAAGGAGAAGCCGGCGUUCCUGAGCAUCGACCCCUAUGCCAGCAAGGCCUAUGACGAGCGGGCGGAGGAGCCUCAGGCGGAGGUUGAGCGGUCCGAGAGGCCCAAGACGCCUACCUCGCAGCUUUUCAAGAGGACGCUGAGCAUCGUGCGCAAGCGCAGCCGGCCGCAGCUCAGAGACCUCGCCGCCAACAACUCUUCGCGAGACCGUCUCUCCUCGCCAUCCCUGGGCCACCUGCCACUGUCGGCCAACUCGGACACGAGAGAAGAGUCGGAAAAGACGCCCAACAGCCCCUGGUCCGCCGUCAGUUACCACGACAUCAUGCGGGCGGCCAAGAAGAACUCGCAGAACCAGCCCGCUACCCCGUCGACUCCCGUAGCGCAAUCGCCCAGCUCACCGGCGGGCAACACGAGGAGUCGGAUCCUUAGCGGCCUCACCAACCGGAGGAAGAGCAUCAAGAUCGGCUAG